ACGAAGUAGAGCAUAAAUUGACCAAUCAGAUAUACGUGGUCUAACAUUUUAAAGUACGCGAAUUUGUGCUGUGAGCACUAUAAAUUAUAAAAAAAUCUUUUUUGCACAACAAAUCCUUUUCAUUCACGCUUGCUAUUUCUUUUUAAAAAAAUGGAUCCUCAGCAGUCCGCUUCUGGUGUCGACAUCAAAAAUAAGAAUGGUAAUCUUACAGCACCUACACCUCAAAAUACGCCCAUCAACCCUGCUCCCAUAACUUCCAGCUAUCGUCCUUCGAUUCCUGCUAUCUCAGAAGAUUCCGAGAAAGGCGCAGCUGACAAUACAUCUAGCCUUGCUGGAGCAUUCACUAGUAACCCCGCUCUUUUAAGUAUGCUCCAAGGUAAAUUAGGUACACUAGUUGGUCGCCCCUCUGGAUACAUCGAAUCCUUGCCCACCUCUGUUAAACGUCGUCUUAAUGGACUCAAAUAUCUUCAAUCCAAACAUGCUGACCUUGAAAUUAAGUUUCAAGAAGAAGUUUUAGCUUUAGAAAAGAAAUAUCUUUUGCUUUAUCAACCCUUGUAUAACCAACGUGCUGAAAUCAUUACUGGUACUUAUGAACCUACCGAAGAGGAAGUCGCUGCUGGUGAAAAGGUGGAUCAAGAUGAUAGCGAUGAAGAGAUUGAGGAGGAAGUUGAAGAAAAGGCAGAAGAAAAGGAUGAUAAAGAUAUUAAGGGUAUUCCUGAAUUUUGGUUAACCCUCCUGAAAAAUCAUCCCCAAAUCACUGAAACAAUUACUCAAGAAGACGAAGAUGCUUUGAAACAUUUAAUUGAUGUUCGCAUGUCGUAUAUGGAACAACCUGGAUUUAAGCUUGAUUUCGAAUUUAGUGAAAAUGAUUACUUUAAGAAUAAGGUGCUUUCAAAGACUUACUAUUAUCAAGAUCAUGCUUAUGGUGGUGAAUUCGUCUAUGACCAUGCUGAAGGUUGUCAGGUUGAGUGGAAGGAAGGCAAAGAUUUGACUGUCACCAUAGAAACAAAGAAACAACGCCACAAGGGGACAAACAAAACUCGUGUUGUCAAGCGUACUGUCCCUUCAAACUCCUUCUUCUAUUUCUUCAGUCCACCUACUAUUCCUGAUGCUGAAGAGGAAAUUGAUGAAGAAGAGGCAGAGGGUUUGGAUGCUAAACUUGAGGCUGAUUAUGAAAUGGGUGAAGAAUUCAAGGAUAAAAUCAUUCCUCAUGCUGUUGACUACUUCACCGGUAAAGCGCUCCAAUAUGGUGACUAUGAUGAAGAUGAGGAUUUUGAUGAUGAAUAUUACGAGGAUGAGGAGGACGAUGAAGAGGAUGACGAUGAAGAGGAUGAUGAUGAUGAAGAUGAUGAUGACGACACUGCCCCUGCCAAGGGCGAAAAUGCCCCCGAAUGCAAGCAAUCUUAAUAUUAAUCUAUACAAUUUCGAAAUAAACUUUUACGCAUUAUACAUAAAAAUGACGAUACAUAUCCA